AUGGCGGCGUUGUAUGAGGGAUACACGUUGUGCGGACUUGUUCCAGCUCAAACUCUGUCAAAUUCAGGCAUUCGGGGGAUCGAAGCGGAGAGAGACAGCGACCAUGUCGUCGUUACCGAUUCAACCAGAUCUGUAACGUUGUUCAAGGUUUCGGACCAGAAGCCACUGAGCAGCUGGACAGUGAAACAAGGACAGACCCUGACCUGUUCAGCAGUCUACAAUACACGGACCAAAGAAUAUGUGGCAGUCUCAGACAACAAGGUGAUCAGAAUUUGGAAGGAAGAGGAUAUACUCUUAGAUAAGGCCUUCAAAGCAACUGUGUCAUCAGAUGUCUGGAGGGUCCACUCUUUACCUGGAGGGGAGGCUGUGGUCUUGUUUCAGAGAGGAGCUGUGCGACUCCUGGACACUCUCCUCUCUGCUCCCCAGCAGCCCAUAGAGGAAGUCCUGGCUCAAGAAGAGGCCAUUAGGUGGAGCACCAACAUAGUGGCAGAGUCGCAGCAGUUUGUCAUUUUCACAACUGAACAGAAGGGAGACAAUUUCGUCUACCUGCAGAGACUGAAUCCCAACACUCUACAGAGGUACCGUCUGGAGAGAGAGGAGCCUGGUCUUUCCCCUCUCAGCUUCUCUGCCUCCUACAGGGAUAAACAUGUCUGCCUGCUUUACCUCUACCCUAAUGGUCAUGUGUACCAGAGUCUAGUCUCUGUGCGGGGCCUUGGGGCUGACGAGGGUGCCCAGGCUCUUCCGCUGCCCCGUAACCUGCUGCUGGGUCUUCCCGUUGGUGAGGGUCUGCUGGAGGCAGCAUCAGCCCUGGUCUUGGAUGAAGCCCAUGUAGCUAUUGUGGGGGUUCCACAUCCCUCUGCAGGAGCUGGUAAAGACUUCCUCUGCAUCUGGAAUACCAAUUUCCAGACGCUUCAGGCAGGAAAAGAGAUGGCGGGUAAAAUCUAUGGACAGAUAUGGACUUACUCCAACAAGUUAUUCAUUCCACAUGGGAAGACCCUCUCUGUUAUUCCAUAUGAGUGCCGCAAAUCUUCCCUGGCCUCUGCCCUGGGAAAACUAAGGGAGGCAAAGACUGAAGAGUCCAAAGCCCCAGUUUCUGUACCAUCUUGGAAUAACAUUUUGCAUGGAGAGAAAGCUCAGCCCUCUAGAACAGUGGAGUCCAGGAAGACGAGAGCAAACCGCAAGACCCAAUCAGCACUUAGUUUAACAAUUGACCAAGUUCUGGAGGUCAUUAAGACAGCACCAGUUGAAGAGGUCCAGAAAGAGGUGGAGGGACUCCUCUCCAGGGCAGACAUCCAGGACCUGCAGUCCUCAGUGAGCCACUUAGCAUCAACCCUUGUGGAACGGAGCCUGGCUGAUCCAGCCUUCUACACCCCGAGCACCCUGGCACAGCUAGUCCACACUCAGUCCCUCUGCCACAGUGUGUGUCCUGACCUUGUGCUCCUGGCCCUGGAGAGGAAGGACUACUUUCUGUGUCAGCUCUGCUUGCAGUUCUUCCCUGACAUCCCAGAAGCUGUCACCUGUGCCUGCCUUAAGGCCUUUAUCAGUAUGCCAGACGUUGAUGCAGAGAAAGCGAGUCUGGAGCCUGACAGCGUCUCCUUCAUGGAAACCCUUAUCGCCAGGGAGCGUGGCCAGGAUGGCUUGCAGAAUGGUUUCAGCCCCACUCUCUUUGACGAAGACCGCCCAGAUGCCUUCGGAGGAGGUGGCACUGUCAUUAAGACCAGAGCAGAAGACAAGGAGAAGAGCUCAACUCCACCGGAACAGAUCUGUCCAGUGGGAUUACAUAAGGCUGUUUUACUAAAUGAGGUGCUGAUGACGGCGUACAGCGACACUUUCCUCCUCCCACACCUAAAAGAUCUCUCCUCCCAACAUGUUGUUCUUUUCCUCCAGUACCUGCAGUUCCUUUACCUAAAAUAUUCCCAAGAUGCUUCCUCACAGAUGUAUGGAUUGCGAUCACCAAGUCUGACUCAGAUCAUGGAUUGGGUAUGCUUGCUGUUGGAUGCCCAUUUCACAGUGCUAGUGAUGACUCCUGAGGCAAAAGGCUUACUGCUGAACCUCCACAGCUUUGUGAAGUCUCAGGUGAGACUAGUUUCUGAACUUGGAAAGAUCGAGGGAAGCCUUCAAGAGCUCAAUAAGAUGAAGGUGAAGAACGACGUAGGACAAUACUCCAUUGAAGUCAUUGAGCUAUUUUAGAAUGUGUGCAAUGCUUAUAAUUUUAAUAAAUCAUUGAGCAUAUUGUUUCCUUCCAAUUUUUCACAUGUAGUGUUCAGUUGUUGUAUAUUUGACCCAAAUGAUAUUAUAUUAAGUGCUUCUUGGCACAGAUGCUAGCCAUCAGAACUCAAGCUGCAGGAGUUUUACUGUAUAUGAAAAGACUUUUUAAUGUCAUUUAGGCAUUGAAUAAGUUGCAGAUGCCUUUGAACUAUUUUAACUUUCAGCUGAUGAGAGUGACUAUUCAGAUAAUAUGAUUUGCAUGAAUUUAACAGUUUGGUCAUUAUUUUAAAAUAAUAAUGUGACCAUAUGGCAAAAGUUUGCUAACAUUUGUAAUGGGGCUCUGCCUUUGAACACUUAAUUUUGAUGACUGCCUUUUUUUUUUUUUUUUUUUUU